AGCCGUCUCCCGACGAAAUCGCGCAGAUCGAGCACGCACCCGAACGAUCCCGGUUCGCUUCGCUAGCUGACUCGCCGCUCGCCGCCCGCCGCCGGGAUGUUUCUCGUGGAUUGGUUCUUCGACGCUCUGGCGUAUUUGGGGCUGUGGCAGAAGGAUGCCAAGAUCCUCUUCCUAGGCCUCGACAACGCAGGCAAGACCACCCUCCUCCAGAUGCUCAAGGACGAGAGACUGGCGCAGCACCAGCCGACGCAGCACCCGACGUCCGAGGAGCUGAGCAUCGGGAAGAUCAGGUUCAAGGCGUUCGACCUCGGCGGCCACGCGUUCGCGCGCCGUGUCUGGAAGGACUACUUCGCCAAGGUUGACGCCGUCGUGUACCUGGUGGACGCUGCCGAUCGCGAGCGUUUCAACGAGACGAAGCAGGAGCUGGACGCGCUCCUCUCGGCCGAGGCGCUCUUCAACGUGCCCUUCCUCGUGCUCGGCAACAAGAUCGACAUCGCAAGCGCAUUAUCUGAGCACGAAUUGCGCUACUAUCUCGGGCUGGAGUACCACACCACCGGCAAGGGCAACGUCGAUCUCUCCCACAACGGCAGGCGGCCCCUAGAGGUCUUCAUGUGCAGCGUGGUCCGGAAGAUGGGCUACGGCGAUGGCUUCAGAUGGAUGUCGCAGUACAUCAAAUAGAUGGAGCAGAGGAAAGGCAUCUCUGUUUCUUCUUGUGGCGCUACAUAUGUACAGUACAUUGCAGUUUCCAUGACCAAUCAACUUGAUUGCUGAGUGGCUAGUUUGGCUUAGUCUUUUUGUCAGUCUGUUAUAUUCCUGAAGCCUAGAUCCGGCCUAUACUUUUGACUCCUGCUUUUGUUAAAUAUAUUUUUGAAUAUUCUGGAAA